AUGAGAAUCUUACAUACAAAACUUAACCAAAUAUACUUUCUCCUUGAUUGUAGAUAUGUGUCUCCAAGUGAAGCAUGUUGGAGAAUUUUUGCCUAUUCUAUUCAUGGAAGAAAACCAGCUGCUGAACGAUUAUUUUUUCACUUGGAAGGAGAGAAUUCAGUGUACUACAAAGAUUCUGAACAAAUUGGAAACGUCCUACUUAAAGCAAGUGUGACUGAAUCAAUGUUUACUUCAUGGUUUGUUGCAAACAACGAAUAUGAGGAUGCCAAGUUAUUGACUUAUGGGCAAUUUGUCUCUAAAUUUGUGUAUGUCAAAAAAACACGAUGUUGGAGACCGAGGAAGCGUGGUUACACAAUUGGACGUUUAAUUUGGGUGCCCCCCACAAUAGGAGAAUUGUAUUAUAUGAGAAUGUUGUUAAUUGUAAAGAAAGGACCGACAAGUUAUGAUGAUCUCAAAACAGUUGAAGGGGUUAAACAUAAAACUUUCCGUGAGGCUUGCUUUGCAAUGAGAUUUCUACAAAAUGACAAAGAGUUCAUUGAAGAAAUAAAAGAGGCAUAUAAUUGGGGCUCAGGCAUAUUCCUAAGAAAACUGUUUGUUACUAUGUUGUUAUCAGCUUCAAUGAAUCGACCUGACCAUGUCUGGCGAAACACUUGGAUAUAUCUGUCGGAUGGAAUUCUAUACAAACAAAGGACUUUGUGA